AAAUAACAAUACCAACAAAGCAGCUGAAACUCCUUUUGCAAGUAACUAGCACAAUAUAAAAAACCGUCAAAAAAAAAAUACACGCCAUCUAUCAAUUCGUCCGCCAUCAAUAAUCAAUCAACUACCUCUUUUCUCUCCCCUCGAAUCUCGCUUUUCGCCGCCUCUUAAACGCACCAUUUCUGAAAGUUUGACCUUUGUACUUUGUUCAAAAGCUCGAAAAUUAAGCGAAGAUUUUUCGCUCAUAUCGAUGCAGCUUAUUUGUUGAAAGGUUUUAAUUGUAGGUUUUUGAGAAAUUAAUGGCUGUUGCGAAACGUGUGUUUCAAUUAGGUGCUAAUUGUGGGAUUAGAUUGUCCAAAUCUGGAGGGAUUGAUGCAUCUAAAGUUUGUUCUGGUGGUUUGUUGAUAGUUAGGUCACAAUCGAACGGUUUUGGUUCCGUUAAUUUUUACAGUUCGGUAUCGUCGUACAAAUCGUCUGCUAACAAGUUUGAUUAUAGGCAGAUCUCGCAACUCGCUAAACCUAAUGGCAAGCGUGCUUUCCUCGUCGAUACUUUAGCUCUGGUCCGGAGUUUAGAAGCACAAGGUGUACCAUCAAAGCAGGCAGAGGCAAUAACAUCUGCUAUCACUGAGGUUUUGAAUGAUAGCUUGGAAAAUGUAGCUCAUUCCUUUGUUUCACAAGCUGAAAUGCAGAAAUCUGAGAUGGUUCAAGACGGCAACCUUUCCAAGUUCAAGUCCGAAGUACAAAGCUCACAGGAACAUCAUUUUUCUCUGUUGCAACGUGAGACUGAAAAGCUUCGGAACGACAUUGAAAAAAUGCGCAGUGAGCUAAGGUAUGAGAUUGACAAGCUUACUGCCGGACAACGUUUGGAUUUAAAUCUUGAAAGAGGACGCAUUCGUGAUGAGCUUGCCAAUCAAAAUGCAGAAACUACAAAUCUUACAAAUAAGCUUGAUCGGGAAAUUCAUGCAUUGAGGGCACAACUCGAAGCUGCAAAAUAUGAAGUGAUCAAAUACUGUAUAGGUACUCUUGUCUCUAUCUCGGCUGUUGGUCUGGCUGUGUUGCGGUUAUACACCUGAGAUAUUCCAGAAGAUAUUUGUUGUUAAUUCUUAAAUGAGCUCGGGUGCUCAGAUAUGAUAGUUAUUCCUUUGGAAGCUUGAAUAGAGAUCAACCACAUUGUUAAACCGCUGUAAUACUCACAAUUUGGUAGAUAGGUUAACAAUUGUAUUCAAUUUCUUUCAAGCUUGUUCAUUUGUUCACAUUUAAGGUGGUUGCCACAUUUUUGCUAUGGCAAUAUUUCAAAUUUGGGAGGUUGAUAUAGUCAUUUGUUAAUACA